AUGUCUGCUGUGACUGGAGAGUGUCUGAAAAUCAGCUGCAAUUAUGAAAGUGAUUUGAAGAACCAUGUCAAAUUCAUCUGCAAAGGAAGCGACCCGUCCCUCUGUGAGACAUCAGCUAUCAAAGUUUCAUCAGAAACAAACAGUAAUGGUCGAUUCUCUCUGAGGAAUGAAGAAUCUGCAGGAGUUUUUACUGUGAAAAUCACUGAUCUGACACAAGAGGAUUCUGGGAUAUACUGGUGUGGAGCUGCAGAGAGAGGAAAAGAGCACAAGAACAAGUGGAUUUCAGCCAUAGAUCUGAACAUUCAUGACGACCGUCAUGCAUUAAACCACGUCACAUCAGAGUCACCUAAACCAACCACAACAGCUUCACAUCACAGCAGUAAACCUGUUUUUCAAGGUUUUGCCAUGAUGGUCAUGUUGAUGGUCGUAGGGAUCCUGACAGGGUUUGGAUUCUCACUGUUCAUGUACUUCAGAUGGAGACAAAAAAAAGAAGGAAAUCAGCCCAGAGAUGUCGUUCAAGGUCCGACUGAGCAUCUGCCCAAAAGAGAUAAUAAACCAAACAGACAUGUCUCUGAUUAUGAAAACAUUAGUGACACUCUUGAUCAUGCUGUCUACAGUUCAGUCCUUCCUGUAUUUGAUGAACACAACGCCUCUGUUUAUGCUUUAGCACAAUUACCCAGCAGCCCCUCUGACAAUCUCAACUACUAA